GAAGUGUAGCAAAUAAGUGCAACUAUUAACAACGACUUUAUUCGAGCUGAAGAGGAAAUGGAUGAUAGUAGCAGAAGUUCUUGGACUCAAUUUUCUUGGGUUGCAAAAGUUUAGUAGAAAAAAUGCUUGAUGACUCGAUUAUAGCACAAUAGAUAAGAUUCAAUUAAGUGAGAUUACCUGAAAUAUAAGCAAACAAAACCAAUUUGACAAAUGAAUUAGAUGCUGGGGGAUCUUGCUUCGAAAUAGGGAUGACAACGACAGUGGCGAAGAAGUCCACGAUAGCAGUGAACGGAGAGAGAGAAGAGCGGCGGACAGAGACAGAGACACGGAGUUGAUGGAUAGAGAGAUAGGGGCGGACAGAGAGAGAGAUGAGUAAUCUACCGAAUUCGAAUGAGAAAAAAUGAAGAAGUAAUCCUACUUAAGCGGAUCAGGCGAACCAGCGAACUGAAUCGAACCUUUUCAAUUCAAUUUGGUUCAGUUCAAUCAAAAUUUUAAUUUGAAAGGUUCGGUUUCUUACAUCCUUACAUUAAACCAACUCUUGAAUCAAAUUACCUCCAUCAAACUUGAUAGGAGCAAUUUCCUUCCACAGAAGAACUUAGCUCUCCCUAUUUUGAAGAGUUACUGGUUGUUUGGUCACCUCACCGACGAGAAGAAUUGUCCACCUAUGUUUAUUCAACCUGAAGUUAUUAUUGCUACGACAGCUCAACUAGUGACUCCAGCAAUCCCUAGAGUGACGAUAUCAGAAUUUGAAACACCUGGAGCUUCAAGCUCAACAAUCACCGUGCAAACCACUGUCAACCUACUGUAUAAGUCGUGGAUAGCUACUGAUCAGCUCCUUUUAGGUUGGCUAUAUAACUCUAUUAUUCUAAAAGUCGCCACUGAAGUUAUGAGUCAUGAGACUGCAAAGGUUUGUGGGAUGUCUUGCAAGAAUUGUUCGAUGUUUAAUCUUGCAUUGAGAAGGACUAUUUGAGGUGGGUAUUUCAAUCCACUCAUAAAGGAUCCUUGAAAAUGAGUGACUAUCUUCAUAUAAUGAAAUCUCACUCAGAUAAUUUGGAGCAAGCUAGAAGUUCUAUUCCACAAAGAACCUUGGUUUCUCAAGUUAUUUUGGGACUUGAUGAGGAUUAUAAUCCAAUUGUUUCUACGAUUCAAGGAAAGAUGAAUAUCAAGUGGACAGAUCUUCAGUCUGAGUCGUUGAUCUAUGAGAAAUUCCUUGGACUCCAAAAUACUCAGAAUGUGAGCUCGUUUGGAGGAUCUACCACUGUUAACAUGACCACAAGCAAGAACAUUAACUCAAGAAGCCAAACACAGUAUCAAAGUCGCUUCAAUGGCAACAAACCUCCUCAACAAUAAAAAUAUAAUGGACAACGCAGAAAUGGUUGUGAUAGAGGCAAGGGACACUGGAAUAAUCGCCUAGUCUGCCAGCUGUGCUCUAAGAUUGGGCAUAGCUCUCCAUAGUGCUAUCCACUAUACAACAAACCAAUUCGAUACAAAUCCAAAAGGUGAACAAAUUAAUCAAGGACAAAACUAUCUAGGAAAGCAAUCUUCAAACCAAGGGCACCAUCUCUUACAGGUCCAAUCGGUAAUCAAGCAUUCAUGGCCACCCAAAGCACGAAUCCAUUUGUUGCAACACCUAAGUCAGUUACCGAUCUUAUAUGGUAUAUUGCCAAUGGAACCUCAAACCAUGUUGCCUCCGACCAUAGCAGCCUGACUAACUCUUAUGAUUAUGGAGGUAAAGCAAAGGAUAUCACCACGAGCCAGGUGCUGAUGAAGAGGGAGCUUGAUGAUGGUCUAUACAGGAUUGGGCCAAUGAAAGCCACUGGUAGUGCGUCAGAUUUGGGAAAAACCAGUUUAAAGUUAGAUGUACAGAUAAUUGCGUACUCUGUAGUAGCUAAGAAUACUAGUUUCAAUGUACUGUCCAAGUUCAUUUUGCAUUAGAGGCUUGGACAUUCUUCUACUAAAGUCUUGAAUGAUGUAGUUAAACUUUUUAAU